GAGAGAGAAAGAGGGAGCACAAAAAUGGCGAUCCCAAUGAGACCGGGAAGGAGACAACGAGGGGAGCGAUUCCUACAGAGGCAAUUCGGUGGGCACGGUGGUGGAUUCCUCCAUCGCAUCAGAUUAAGAUAUUCCUCGCAAAGACUCUUUCGUACGAUUAUCAUAAGCCUAGCCUUCAUCGCUACCGUGCCUCCCAUUUUCUUCCACUUCCGACUCAGGGGCUUCCACCAGAUGCAACAAAGAAAGUGCGGCUGGCUGAAUGAUCCUCCGCUUGUAUGUGCUCACGGAGGUGACUCAACUAAGGCCUUCCCCAACACGAUGGCUGCGUAUCGUAUCGCACUUCGUUCUCAUGUAGACUGCAUUGAGAUUGAUGUUUCUCGUUCCUCAGAUGGGGUUUUGUUCGCGCUGCACGAUAGGGAUUUGCAGCGGAUAUCUGGAAACAGUACUUUUAAAGUAGGGCACUUGAGCAUGAAAGAGAUAAAAGAGCUAGGCAGUGCUCAUCAAUCUGCACAGAAGUUUCAUGAUGAAAGAAUUCCUACCAUUGAAGAUGCUUUGACGUUGAUAUCAAGUUCAGUUCGGCAAGUGAUUCUAGAUGCUAAGGUUGGGCCUCCAUCAUACGAAAAAGGGCUUGCAAAGGAUAUUCUUUCUGUUGUUGAAAGAACAAAGUGUUCAAAUUGCCUCAUAUGGGCUAAAAGUGACAAUUUGGCGAGGGAUGUAAUUAAACUAUCACCGCAUACUAUGGUGGGCUACAUUGUCAUGAAGGAUCCUUCUACUGGGGCUAGAACCAACUUAUUGAGGAUGAAAGGUGCUGGAGUCGUUGGUGUCUAUCACCCUUUGAUUGAUGAAAUGCUUUUGAAAAUUCUGCAUGGGAGGAAUAAAAAAGUCUAUGCCUGGACUGUUGAUGAUGUGGAUUCCAUGCAAAAGAUGUUGUUUGAGCGAGUGGAUGCUGUUGUUACAAGCAACCCUACUCUACUUCAACGUCUAAUGCAAGAUACUAGAACACAAUGUCUUGAGGAAGGUUUUUCCAUGUCACAAUGACAUUCAUUCAUUUCGAGUACAGAACCUUUUCUGUGAAUGUCAGAAUAUUUUGAAAUACCAUUUAGCCUUCAUGAAUUUACUUAUACUACUGGAUUUAGAAUAUUAUCCCGGACUAUGAUUGUAUUGACACGUUCACAUGCAUUUAUAAUCAUGAGUGAAUCAUCUUUAUCCACAACUUGUAGUUGAUGACAAUGGACCUUUUUUGAUA